AAAAACGGGAAUAAGGUGGACAGUUUAUUUCGUUAAUUGUAAUAAGAAGAUAGUGUGGCUGCGUACAUAAUGUAUGUGCAUGCGUGUGUGCGUUCGCGCGCACUUCUGUGUAUUGUGCUUCGUAGUCGUGUGUAGACAGAACACAUUUGUAAAAGUAAUGGCUGACUAGUGCUGUUAUCACACAUAUAGAGGGAGACGACCGCAUGAAUUUCAUUCACUAUUAGUCAAACAAAGUAACACUUGUAUUAUACUGAGGGAUAAACAUCGAUGGAAAAUUUUAUGAUUUCGGUUAGAAGCUAAUAACUAACCAAGCAAGUUUAUUAAUUAAACAAAGUUUGAAAGUUUUCAAAAGUUGGAAGGAAAUAUGAAGUUGUAUUUACGGAUGUAAAGAUGAGGGAUAAAAUUUCAUGAAACACGGGCGUUUGUCAUGCGACUCUUCACCACUCAAACCAAUGGAGACACAUUGCCAAAGGAAGAAAGAAUAUUUUCGGUCGCGAUGCGACUUCGAGAACGUAUUUUUUUCUUCUUUCUUAAACUAAUUAUACAUCGACAAUUGUCUACGGUGUUACAUUGAAUUUUUAUACGUUUUAUUCAUAAUAUACGGCAACAUGAUCCAUACACCAAGUGGAUAUACAUACAAUUUUUGGGCAAACUCACUUACAGAGGUCGUUCAAUUGAUUUGUUUGAUGCCAAAUGGAGUCGUUAUACCGUUCGAAACUAAUCGUAAUAUUACUUUGGCUGAAAUUAAAGAGGAUCUUUGGGACGAAGCCAGUAAAUAUCCUCUUCACGGCACAUUAAAAGAUGCUCCAUCCUAUGUAUUUUUGUGUAUUAAUUCUAAUGCUGAAACUGAAGAGUUACGAGACGAAACAAGACGUUUGUGCGAUAUAAAGCCAUUCUGUUCUUUUAUUAAAGUAGUAGAACACGAAGGUGUGAAAAGCGACAGAAAUCUAGAUUCACAGAUUGGUUUAUUAAUUGGAAAAGGAUUACAUGAAUUUGCGGCUUUGAAGAAUUCGGAAGUGAACGAUUUUAGAUGGAAAAUGCGAGUUCUAGGAGAUGAAGUUGCAGUGGCAAGACAGAAAAAAACUUGGGUGGAAAAAGUACGUUAUCAAUUUCCUACACGAUUAGCACCAACUGCUACAGUACCAAAAAACAUAGAAAGCCGUUUAAAGGAUGGCAAUAUUGUGCUUGUUACAAAAUUUGAAAACACAGAGACGACGUUUACAUUUCAAAUGUCACACACUAUAACACCAUACCAAUUAUUGGUGUCCAUUUUAAAUAAACGAGCAAACACUUUAAUGUCUCGAGGGCAUCCGAGCGACUUUACCCUAAAGGUUUGCGGACAAGAGGAAUAUUUAAUAGGAGAUUAUCCAUUGAUACAAUUCAGUUAUAUUCAGGACUGUUUAGCAAAAGAUAUUUUACCGACGUUAGUUACGUUGAGCAAAGACAGUGUUUCUGUAGAUCAGGAGACUGCUGUAGAGAAUGCAGAAACAGAUGGUUUGCAACGUACAAGGCCUUCGUUUUCUACAUUGACCCUACGCAAGAAGGGUAAACAUACAUCAGCCUGGAAAAUCGAGGAACCGUUUUGUUUCAUAGUGAAUGGAAUAUCACGGUUGAAUUGCGAUGCCGCUCAUCGCACGGUCGAGAUCGGACUUCAGGCUGGACUUUUCCACGGCGGUAAAUCUUUAUGUGAGAGUCAAAAAACAAAAGAGUGUGUUGUGUCUACAGAUGGUAGUUGCGAGUGGGAGGAAACUUUAAGAUUCGACAUAAAAGUGCGCGAUAUACCACGAAUGGCUAGGCUGUGUUUUGUUUUAUACGAAAUCAGUAAAACCGCGAAAGGAUUGAAAAGUCGUAGAUUGGUCAGAGACACGAAACAAGAAUUUUUUAUAAAUCCAUUGUGUUGGGCUAACACAACUAUAUACGAUUUUAAGUCUCAAUUGAAAACAGGAGCGAUGACACUUUACACGUGGACGUAUGCGGAAGACAUGCAAAACGAUGAUCUACUGCACCCUCUUGGCACAGUAGUGUCAAAUCCUCAUAUAGAUAGAGCAGCUGCUCUAAUGUUAACGUUCCCAAAUUACGGAAAGGAGAAAUCCGUUCUUUACCCGACUCCGGAAAAGAUGGUUGAAUAUGCGAGGAAGUUGCGCGAAUCGUCUACUGAACGAUCAAUCCAAGAGGAACCGGACCAAGACUCGGAUGUUAACAAGCUUCAACAACUCGAACAGCUUCGAUUAUUGGCGGAUAGGGAUCCGUUGCACGAGUUACACGAACAAGAACGAAAAGUCAUGUGGACGUUGCGGCAUCAUUGCCUUCACAAAAUUCCCACGCUUUUAGCCAAACUGUUGCAUUGUGUCGAAUGGAACGAUCAUAGCGAGGUAGCCGAAACUACAGCGUUAGUUCAACAAUGGCCGAAAUUACCAGUUGAGAAAGCACUCGAAUUAUUGGAUUACGCUUACGCUGAUCAAAACGUUCGAAGCUUUGCCGUGCGUUGCUUAAUGGAUGUCAGCGACGAAGACUUGAGUUUGUAUUUGCUGCAGUUGGUGCAGGCAUUGAAACACGAAAAUUACUUGUCUUGCGAUUUGACCGAGUUUUUGCUGAGACGAGCCCUCAAUAAUCGAAGGAUUGGUCAUUUUCUAUUCUGGCAUCUUAGAUCGGAAAUGCAAGUAGGUGCUGUAUCCGUUCGAUUCGGUUUGAUAUUGGAAGCUUAUUGUAGAGGAAGUCAGCAACACAUGCGAUCGUUGUCCAAACAAAUAGACUGCCUGGGGAAGCUGAAAUGUGCUUCCGAAAACAUAAAGCAACGGAAAGAUCGUAAAGCUACUUUGCAAGGUUUCCAAGAGUUCAUGCAAGAGCCACACUGCCAAGAAGCACUUUCGAACGUUUUGAAUCCUUUGGACCCGAGUUUCCGAUGGAAACGGAUCAAAAUUGAGAAAUGUAGAGUGAUGGACAGUAAAAUGCGACCGCUUUGGCUUGUUUUUGAAAACGAUGAUCCAUUCGGGGACGACAUUUACUUGAUACUGAAGCAUGGGGACGACUUGAGACAAGACAUGCUUACGCUUCAGAUGCUACGAAUCAUGGACAAACUGUGGAAGAGAGAAGGUCUGGAUUUACGAAUGAAUCCUUACGGUUGCAUAUCGACGGAAAACAGAGUUGGAAUGAUCGAAGUGGUGUUGAACGCAGAAACGAUAGCGAACAUUCAGAAAGAGAAGGGAACGUUUUCAGCAACGGCUGCGUUUAGGCGAGGUUCUCUGCUCGCGUGGCUGAAGGACCACAAUCACACGGAAGCAGCGUUGAACAAAGCCAUCGAGGAGUUUACGUUGAGUUGUGCGGGUUACUGUGUGGCCACGUAUGUUCUCGGAAUCGCGGAUCGACAUUCGGAUAAUAUAAUGGUGAAAAAAACUGGUCAACUAUUUCACGUUGAUUUCGGUCACAUACUUGGACAUUUUAAAGAAAAAUUUGGAUUCAGGCGUGAACGUGUGCCUUUCGUUUUGACCAACGAUUUCGUCCACGUGAUAAAUAAGGGACAAACUAAGAAGGGCCAAGCGCUCGAAUUUCAACGCUUUCAGAGAAACUGCGAAGAAGCUUUUCUCGUGUUGCGACAACACGGGGGUUUGAUAUUGUCUUUAUUCGCCAUGAUGAUCUCAACGGGACUGCCAGAAUUAUCAUCCGAAAAAGAUUUGAAUUAUUUAAGAGAUACGUUGGUACUCGAGAUGUCUGAAAGCGAAGCACAGAAGCACUUUAGAAGCAAAUUUGACGAAGCUCUCUGCAAUUCAUGGAAAACUUCGUUGAACUGGGCUUCUCAUAACAUGUCGAAAAAUAACAAAACCACGUGAACCGGUGCGAGCGAAUGGAACGCGAAACUCACCAAACCAGUCAGAGUGGAACAACAGAAACGGAAAUGAAAAUAGAGACAGGAAUGGAAACGCAAGAUGCAAGAAAGAGCAGAAUUAACGAGUACCGAACGAAGAAUUACUGUUGCAUCGUCGCACGGCAAGAAAGAAAUACAAACGAAAACUUGAACAAAAGGAUUCGAACCGAAAGAAUCCGAGUAUGUACUACUUUCGACACACAGGAAUUGGAGACGUCGAAGAUGAAGGGAUCUACUCGGGUCGAUAUCGCUUAUCGAUUGGGUACGGGUUGCCUUCCUCUCGGACGCGUAAAUCGCAAACAGAGACUGCCGCUUCGCCUUUCCCCAUUUUACUCUGACACUUUCGACCGUGAUGGGAAACGGUAUCGGUAGCGGAAUAGAAAUAGGUAUAGGAAUAGGUAUAGGAGUACGAAUAGGAUACGAAUAGGAAUACGUAUACGGUACAUAUCAUUGAUUGACAUUGCGGAUUCCUGAAAAGAAUAUAUAUAUAUAUAUACGCGCGGCCGUUUGUACACAUACCGUAGAAAUGUCUCAUUGCGAAAACGGCACAAUAACGUUUCUCGCGUCAGAUUACCAUAGUGUCGUUGUUCUCUCGAUGCGACGACGCUCCUUCUACCUUCCGACUGAAUUCGAAAUCGAUAUCGAAAUCAGAAUCGUAAGGUAAGGAAAAGAACACCGAAGAAUCCUUGAAAUUUCGGAUGCUUGAAAUACUAUUGUAUGGAUAACAAUAAACAAAGUCAUUCUUUUCA